AGAGGUGCUUGGAAGAUCAUGAGCUCAUAGUUCAAGUCGAGUCCACAAUGGGAAGUGAAAGUAAAUUUUUGUUCAGGAAGAAUUACGCAAAAUAUGAAUUUUUCAAAAAUCCCAUGAAUUUCUUUCCAGAGCAAAUGGUUGCCUGGUGCCAGCAAACAAAUGGAAGUAUCCCACAGUCCCAGCUUUUGCAGAACUUUUUAAACUCCAGUAGCUGCCCUGAAAUUCAAGGUUUCUUGCAUGUGAAAGAGCUGGGUAGGAAAUCAUGGAAGAAAUUGUAUGUGUGUUUGAGGAGAUCAGGACUUUAUUGUUCUACAAAAGGAACGUCAAAGGAGCCAAGACAUUUGCAGUUGUUGGCUGACCUAGAAGACAGCAAUAUCUUCUCGUUGAUAGCAGGCAAGAAGUUGUACAAUGCACCUGCAGAGUAUGGAUUUUGUAUAAAGCCCAACAGAGUGAGAAAUGAAACUAAGGAACUGAGGUUGUUGUGUGCUGAAGAUGAGCAAAGCAGGACGUGCUGGAUGACUGCCUUUCGACUCCUCAAGUAUGGAAUGCUACUGUAUCAGAAUUACAGAAUUCCCCAGCAGAGAAAAGCCAUGCUUCCACACUUCUCCACUCCGGUAAGAAGUGUAUCUGAAAACUCACUAGUAGCAAUGGAUUUUUCGGGGCAAAUAGGAAGAGUUAUUGAAAAUCCUGCUGAAGCACAGAGUGCUGCCUUGGAAGAAGGACAUGCUUGGAGGAAACGUAGCACAAGAAUGAACAUCUUGGGUAGCCAAAGUCCACUCCAUCCUUCCACACUGAGUACAGUUAUUCAUAGGACACAGCACUGGUUUCAUGGCAGAAUCUCUAGAGAAGAAUCUCACAGGAUUAUUAAGCAACAAGGGCUUGUAGAUGGACUAUUUCUUCUCCGGGACAGCCAAAGCAAUCCAAAGGCAUUUGUACUUACGCUGUGCCAUCACCAAAAAAUAAAGCAUUUUCAAAUCUUGCCGUGUGAAGAUGAUGGACAGAUAUUUUUCAGCCUGGAUGAUGGGAACACCAAAUUCAGUGAUCUAAUCCAGCUUGUUGAAUUCUAUCAACUAAACAAAGGAGUCUUGCCCUGCAAACUCAAACACCACUGCAUCCGAGUGGCCUUAUGACCUCAAAUCUGACUCUCACUGAAGACUGGAUUUGCUAGAAGAGUAAUUGUAAGAGAAGGUUGACACUGGGGAAUUGGCAGAUUUGUAAGUUGGCAAAAAUAAAUAAAAAUAUUAUGCACCUUGGG